CUGUUCGCAUUUGCCUCAAAAUCGAAACAAACCGCGAAGCAAAUCAACGCAAAAGGCGCGGGACACCCCAAAAAUUGUACAUUAUUUUCACACCUUUCGUCGCUUCAAAACAUUCAAACGGCCUAAUCGCUGUGUUAAUUAAGUGCUUACCCGUACGAUAAACACGAAACAUCAUCGGUGGCGGCGUAGCAAAGCCGUGUAAAUCCCUCCGUUCGCUUGGCGUUUGGUGCUGCCAUCGGUGGCUGUGGUGUUUGCUACGUUGUUACUUUGGUGGGGCCCCCCAUUUGCAGAGAACACACCAAAGUGCAAACAUUCACUCCGACAGUGGGCUAGCGGGCAACGAAACUUCUUACCCCGGAACGGAACUGAGACAGGCGCGGGCACAAUGGCAAGCUCAUCAAGGGACGCCCAUUUGAACAAAGUGUGCUGCUACUCGCACCCGGAGGCACCACUGAUAGAGGACUACCGGGCCGGCGAUAUGAUAUGCUCCGAGUGUGGGCUGGUGGUGGGUGAUCGGGUCAUCGAUGUGGGCUCGGAAUGGCGUACGUUUAGCAACGAAAAGGCAGGCGUGGACCCGUCCCGUGUCGGUGGGCCGGAAAACCCGCUGCUCAGCGGAGGCGAUCUGUCCACCAUGAUCGGUCCCGGCACUGGUCCCGCGUCGUUCGAUGCGUUCGGAACUGCCAAGUAUCAGAACCGCCGCACGAUGAGCAGCUCCGACCGGGCGCUGAUUGCGGCGUUCAAGGAAAUCAGCACGAUGGCGGACCGGAUUAACCUGCCGAAAACGAUCACCGACCGGGCGAACAAUCUGUUCAAGCAGGUGCACGACGGCAAAAACCUGAAGGGCCGCUCGAACGAUGCCAAAGCGUCCGCCUGUCUGUACAUCGCCUGCCGGCAGGAGGGCGUGCCGCGAACGUUCAAAGAGAUCUGCGCCGUCAGCAAGAUCAGCAAAAAGGAGAUCGGACGCUGCUUCAAGCUCACGCUCAAGGCGCUCGCCACCUCCGUCGAUCUCAUCACCACCGCCGACUUCAUGUCCCGCUUCUGCGCCAACCUGGACCUACCAAAUGUGGUACAGCGUGCCGCUACGCAUAUAGCCCGGAAAGCGGUCGAAAUGGACAUCGUGCCCGGCCGAUCGCCCAUCUCCGUGGCGGCAGCCGCCAUCUACAUGGCCUCGCAAGCGUCCGACAACAAGAAAACACACAAGGAAAUCGGCGACAUUGCCGGCGUGGCCGACGUCACGAUCCGCCAGUCGUACCGGUUAAUGUACCCGCACGCGGCCGAACUGUUCCCCGAGGACUUUAACUUCCACACCCCGAUCGAUCAGCUGCCCCCGGUGUAAGCCCCCCAUCCCUACCCUCCCCGGUGUAUGUGUAUGUGCACGGUUUCCGAGGGCUUUUUCAGCUAACCAAGCCUGCUGCUGUGUCUCGCCCUGCUUAAAAGGACAUUCACACACACACACACACGCACGCUGCAGAGAAAGAAGGAAAAUCUUAUCUAUUUGCUGAUGGGCACACUGUAAAUCAAUACCACCCACACUCCCUACGGAAAAAACGGAUCUUAUAUGCUGUCCAAUGUUCCAAGUCGCUUGGGUGUGCAACCAAAUGUAUUGAUUUACUUCCUUGUUUUUUCUUUGGUGUUUUAUAUAAUUUUUGUUUCUUUUUUUACAUUUGGCUCAUUUCUGUAUCGCAGCAAAUAGUGUAUGUGUUUGCCCUCCCUGAAAUCCCCUUUAAACUACAACUACUACUACUAUAACGGGAGUACAAACUUUUCCACAGAUGAAUUGAAUUAUUUAAUACGGUGUAUAGAUUGAGCGGGAACACGGUAGAGAAGCAAGCAGAGUAGAUCAGAAAAGGUCAUACGAACAACCACCAUCAGGUCUUAUAGGAAUUAUAAUUGGAUUUGGUGCUACGAAAACCAAUCACCAACGCUCCCCUUUUCUCUCUCCUAGGGGAAGGAAUUAAAAUCGAUAAUAGACAGGAUUCACUAUAUUACACAGGACGAUACACACACAGUGAUCGACAGAACAUGGUUUUGUUCCCAGCAAAAAGGAAUAGAACCACACAAGCGGAAUCAGUUGUAUAGCGUACACGCAAACAUCCUUUUGGAACACAGUUUGGGGCGCAAUAAGGGCGGCUCUUGACCAUCACUCCACCCUCCACUCACCUCCCAAAAAGAAGAAGAAGAAGAAGCAAAAACAAAACCUGAUGAAGAAUUGUAUUAUUUUCACGCUCGUUGUUUAUCGUUGUCUUUUGUAAGGGAUUAUUUACUUAGAUGAGGAAUUAUUUUUGAUACUUUGCGAGACAGCGAACAGAGAGCCCUUUCCCCCUCGGUACAUUUAAAUAGUAAAAUGAGGAGGGAGGGGAUGAGAGGAGAGGAUACAAAACAAAAACAUGGGCACCAUCGUUGGAACAAACAAAGAAAAAGGAAGCGGAUAAGAAGUGGUGAGAUAAAAAAAGAACUAGAAACAUAUAAUGAACUGAUUUAUAAGAUAAAAACUAAAUAAAACAGUGUAACACAAAACAAA